UUUGUGAGUCGACUCCGAGUCGGGCCUUAGUGUCGGACAAAAGCGAGCGGCGCUGCUCGGUUAUUUCUGUAUGUUUAUAGAUAUUUAUAGUGUGUGAAUCGCGCUGUAAGGCUGAGGGAAGAAAUAGUUGGAGUUAAUUUUAUUUACUGGGUGUUUUAUUUCUCGGUGUGUGAGUGAGCGAGGCCGUCCCUCCCCCUCUUUUAAUGUGAAGUUGCCCCGGAAGGGUCCGGGCUCGGAGCUGCUGACCUGAGCCAGCGCAGGGUUUCGGGCUUUAGCUCAGAUUUGGGGGUUUAUUUUCGGGGAAACGGUUGGUGUGUGUAACCCUGCGGGGGCGGUGUUAUCAGUGCUGGGCUUACCGGGCUCGGGUGGGCCGUUAACGGGCCGGGCGGUUCGGGAAGGUUCGCGGGAGCGCGGUUAUUUGAACGCUAAUGCUAGAUGCUAGCUAAUGCUAACCUUUGUAUCGGUGUGGGCUUCGCUAGUUAGCGUUUAGCCGCUGUUUCUGACCUGCUGGGUGUUUAGAUUAAUAUAUUUGGAGUGUUUAAGAAGCAGUUUAGGUGCAUUUGAUCCGAAUUAGGCUGUAAAUAAACCGGUUCUGUUGUAUUCGGGGCGGGUGUGUGGUUGCAGAGCUGAUAGCUGCGUGUUAGCAGGCUAGCCUCCGCUAGCUCUUUUUCAUUCACUCUCCGGAGGCGUGUUGGAGUCCGACACUGAAAAAUGUCAGAUUUUGACGAGUUUGAGAGGCAGCUGACCGAGAACAAACAAGCUGACAGAGAUAAGGAGAACAAGCACCACCGGCGCAGCAGCUCGAGGAGUCGGAGCCGGGACCGGAAGCGGAGGAGCAGAGACCGGGAGAGGAGAGGCAGCAGGGAGCGCGGACAUGCGGACAGCAAGGACCGCAGACACAGACGGAGUCGCUCUCCACACCGCGAGAAGAAGAAGAUUAAAGUGAAAAAGUACUGGGACGUUCCUCCGCCGGGUUUUGAACACAUCACGCCCAUGCAGUACAAAGCCAUGCAAGCUGCUGGACAGAUUCCUGCCACUGCCCUUCUCCCCACAAUGACCCCUGAGGGUCUGGCCGUGACCCCGACUCCGGUGCCUGUUGUUGGAAGCCAGAUGACCCGUCAGGCUCGGCGACUGUAUGUGGGAAAUAUCCCUUUCGGCAUCACAGAGGAGUCCAUGAUGGACUUCUUCAACGCUCAGAUGCGGCUGGGUGGCCUGACUCAGGCUCCAGGAAACCCAGUACUUGCUGUCCAAAUCAACCAGGACAAAAACUUUGCCUUCCUGGAGUUCCGCUCGGUGGAUGAGACGACGCAGGCCAUGGCGUUUGAUGGAAUCAUCUUCCAGGGACAGAGUUUAAAGAUCCGCCGACCACACGACUACCAGCCUCUGCCGGGCAUGAGUGAAAACCCCAGUGUGUACGUGCCAGCAACCAGAGGUCCGCAGAGUUCUGCAGGCGUCGUCUCGACCGUUGUGCCCGACUCGGCUCAUAAGCUUUUCAUUGGCGGUCUGCCUAAUUACCUCAACGACGAUCAGGUGAAGGAGCUGCUGACAUCGUUUGGCCCUCUAAAAGCCUUUAACCUGGUGAAGGACAGCGCUACUGGCCUCUCGAAAGGAUACGCCUUCUGUGAAUAUGUCGACGUCAACAUCAGCGACCAGGCUAUCGCUGGGCUCAAUGGAAUGCAGCUGGGUGACAAGAAGCUCCUGGUCCAGAGAGCCAGUGUUGGAUCUAAGAACACUUCGCUAGUGGGUACCGGUAUGAACCAGACGCCGGUGACGCUGCAGGUUCCAGGCCUGAUGAACAGCUCCAUGAAUCAGAUGGGAGGAAUCCCCACUGAGGUUCUGUGCCUGAUGAACAUGGUGUCCCCUGAGGAGCUGCUGGACGACGACGAGUAUGAGGAGAUCGUGGAGGACGUCCGAGAGGAGUGCAGUAAAUACGGACAGGUGAAGAGCAUCGAGAUCCCGCGGCCUGUCGACGGCCUGGAGGUGCCCGGCACGGGGAAGAUCUUUGUGGAGUUCAUGUCGGUGUUUGACUCUCAGAAGGCCAUGCAAGGACUCACAGGAAGGAAGUUUGCCAACAGAGUUGUGGUGACCAAAUACUGCGACCCAGACGCCUACCACCGCCGAGACUUCUGGUAGAGAGAGGGAGAAACAGAGCAGAGAGAGAGAGAAAGAUGGAGAGUGGAAUGAAGAGGAGUGUGUGGUAUUUCCAGUCCGCUGUCCCUUUUCAUGCUUUGUAGGUCACAGGGACGUGGGUGGAGUGGAGUGAAGGUUUUAGGAUAAGCGUUAGGGCAGGUGUAGGUGUUCACAGAACACUUAUUCUGCACCCGGCGGCUGUUUGGUUGGUAUGAGUAUAACUGGGGUUUAUACCUUUUUUCCUCCAUGCUAACAACGUUUAAUUAAAACUCAUGUAGGGCUUGAGGUGUGGUGCAGCACAUAUUUCAACAAAACAAAAAAAAGUGGAGAAAUAAGUUAGCCCCGCUAUGAGUAUUAGGAGAAAGUAUUACAUUUACGGUUUACCUCAUUUAACUCCAUAUACACUCUAAUUUACCAAUACGUUUGGAUGCUUUACUUUAGCUUAAAGACUAAUGUCGUUAACAAAUAAAUAAAGCUUAUACCCACAUUAAGCAGUGGCAAUGCUGUAAAAACACUAUUUCCUAUUAUUGGUAACACUUUACAAUAAAUGGAUGUGACCUCAGUAAUUUUUUUUAUUUAAUAAUUGGUAUAUUGUCUAUUAGGUUUUUGUUUUUCACAUAUAUAACAGUGAACAGUAAUUUAGGCAGUCAUGCAAUACCAGAGCUAUGAUUAAAUAAAAUCUGUCACCUUUAAAAGGGUAUAAUUGCUCGGUUAUACUAUUCUUUUAUGAAUAUAUCAGUGGCAUUUAAUGUAUCGUCCCAAAACAUUAUUCUUGUGACAGAAAAACUCUGAGGUAUUGUAGAGGAUUGUAUACAUCUUGCAAUAUAUUGAGUGUCACAGAAUUACAAUAUUGUGAUAUCAUUUUCAUGUGAUGCCCUGUGAUUCCCACUCCUAGUCAGGGUACUCCUACCAACCUGGCACCUAUAAGCUUUUAUUACUUAUUAGCGACCUUAGCCUCGUAGCUUCAGCACAAAACUAAAGAAGCUAGCUCCAGAUACCAAACAGCUUUUGUCCAAUCACCUAUAAACUGAAUUUAGGCUAAAACUCUCACAAAACUGCCACUUUUCAUCAUCAUAAAGCUCACUCACGCUCACUCCUCUUUGAUCUGCACACAGAAAGGGUUGGGAUUAGCAGUGGGACUGAGAGAGAGCGAGGAGUCCAGGAGGUUUCCUGCGUUUUUUCUUUUUUCUAACAACAUCCAAAAAGAUGCAGAGAGGAGACCGGUCGAGAUGUGUCCGUAUUUAUGAAUUAGACUGUUCAGUUGUUAUUAAAAAAAAAAUGUUAGAAUGAAUUGACUAUGAAUAGAGAAAUAAAGGCAGAUAAAGGAAAAGUUGUGUGAAAAAUGACAUGAGUGUGAUUAAUCCUGAACCCCAGAUUUAGAUGGUUAGCUAGAGUCAUGGUUUACUCUCUGACAGAUGCUUCUUUGUUUGCAACAGGAGAUGCUAGGCUAACGAUGCUAACAGACACUGGACUUGGGGCCCAAUCCUAUUUCACCACUUGGCCCUACUCCUCUGUUUUGCUGGAGGGGUAGGGGGAAGUGUUAGGGCUACAUGGCCGAUCAAAUAGGAUUUUUUCAAAGGCACACUCAAAACAGAUGGAUAUGAAAAUCACUGGUACGAUAGCAGCAAAAGUGACCAAAGAAACUAACAAAUGAGUAUUUUCCUCGUAAAAAAAAUAUGAUAACCACUGUAUUAUAUUAGACUAUAUUAUAGUGUAAUGUGCAGUUUUCCCAUUCAGUAUAUUGUGAUUAUUGUGUUGUGAAACUGUAAGCGAUAUAAUCACAAUAUUGCAAAUGUUAGUUAAAAAAAAAAAAAAACUCCUAAAAGUUAGCAUUUAGAACAGUGAGAUAUAGUGGGAUAUAGUGACCGAAUACAACGCUGCCAUCUAGUGGCCGGAGUUAAAACACAACACUAAAUGAACCACCAAUCUUCACAUGUAAAAAAUACUACUAAUAAUUGAUACCUUUUAGGAUAUAAAUACAUUAUUGAAUUUUUUUUUUUUUUCAAUUCAAAAAACGAUAUUGGUUUGAAAUUGAUUGAUUGAAAUUGGUGACCGUACAGUCUGCGUCUAGUGUUGGUUAGCCUGCUUUAAUAAGCCUAGAAUCUCCUGUUGUGGUCUAAAGAAGCUCACAUCACUUACAAACCGUGUCUCUGGACUGAAUCUGAGUGUGUCAGUGAUCAGUGAUGUUCACACCAGAUCAGAUCAGAUCAGUGAUUUUACACCAGACAGUUUCUGUAAACAGUGUCUUUCUCUGUGUGUGUAUAUAUAAAACAAGUCUCAGUACAGAAACAGGCUACUGCAUAUGUUUAUUAUAGGAUUGUGUCAGUGUUUCUUUUCUCAUUUUUUUCCCUUUCAUUUUCUUAUCAGAAUGAAGUGUCUGCUCGUUUAAUUCUCUCUCCCGUCCCUCUUUUAUCCCCCUCUUUUUUUUUUCUUCUUUUUUUUUUUGGUUUACUGUUUUCUUUCGUCCUGAUUCAGUCUAACCCAGCAGGAGGGAAAUGAACGUCUUUUCUUUCUUUUUUUCUUCUCCCUUUGUCUUUCUUUCUUUCUUUCUUUCUUUCUUUUUUAUAUGCAUUCUGUAUCUAACUGUCUACUGCUGUUUUUUAAAACUGUAAUAAGCUGAGCGAGUUGAUUUAAUACGAUGAUGCCGUUGUACGAGGACCAGUAGAAUUAUUUGGCAUAAUAAAGUCAAAGCGUUCAAACGUG